UAAACAGUAGAAGAAGAAACUUCUCACGACUGCAGCUUCUGUAAUGCGACAUGUCGUAAAACCAUCCUGAUGAAAUGCGGCACUCCUGAGCUGAGCAGUAGACUUGAUGUUGUUUAGUUGUUGUUGAAAGAGAAACUGUCACAUCAGGCUUUUACCCAGAACUCCACUCACCGCAGUGUGUAGCAGCAGCAGCGGGUUCGUCUAGAGAUCCAGACCCGAAACAAGAAGCGAUGCUGGUCACCGUGUUCUGCGCUCCGAGGGACAGCCCAGAGACCACCUUCGCUCUCGAUGUGUCCCCGGAGCUGGAGCUCAGAGACUUUAUAGCACUGUGUGAGCUGGAAUCAGGCAUCCCAGCUGGGGAGAUACAGAUCACAUAUGUAGAACAGCACCUAAAAGACACCACUCGUGCCUUGGGGAACUAUGGUGUUAAGGAUGGAGAUGUGGUGGUUCUCAGGCAAGCUGACAGAAGGCCACCACCAACUCAGCCAGCCUUUCCAGGUCUGCCCCAUAUUGACUUUCGUUCCAUCACAAUCCCCGGCACCUCUUCCUCAACUAGUCAACGUGGUGCCAUAAGACCGCAGCAGCCACAAACUUCACAGCAGCAGCUGCCACCACAGCCUCAGUCGCAGCCUCAGCCUCAACAGCAGCCGCAGCGCGCCACACAAUCUUCCACGCCAACGGCCUUUCGCGGCUCCUCUCCUCAGGGGCUGGAUGACCCCGCCUUACUCCAGCAGAUGCUAUUAUCCAAUCCACAUGAGCUUUCACUACUCAAGGAGCGAAACCCGCCGCUUGCUGAGGCCCUGCUGAGCGGAGACUUAGAGCGUUUCACCAAAGUGCUGGCAGAGCAACAGCAGGAUCGAGCCAAGAGAGAGCAAGAGAGGAUCAGACUUCUGACUGCUGAUCCUUUCGAUUUGGAUGCCCAAGCAAAGAUUGAGGAGGACAUCAGGCAGCACAAUGUGGAAGAAAACAUGACCAUUGCGAUGGAGGAGGCCCCAGAAAGCUUUGGACAGGUGGUUAUGCUCUACAUUAACUGCAAAGUCAAUGGGCACCCUGUGAAAGCUUUUGUGGACUCAGGAGCCCAGAUGACCAUCAUGAGCCAAGCGUGUGCUGAGCGCUGUAACAUCAUGCGGCUGGUGGACCGUCGCUGGGCCGGGAUUGCCAAGGGAGUGGGCACCCAAAAGAUCAUUGGCAGAGUUCAUUUGGCUCAGGUCCAGAUAGAGGGGGACUUCCUUCCGUGUUCUUUCUCCAUCUUGGAGGACCAGCCAAUGGACAUGCUGCUUGGCCUGGAUAUGCUCAAGAGACAUCAGUGUUCGAUCGACCUGAAGAAGAACACACUUCUAAUAGGCACCACAGGCACCGAGACUCGCUUCCUGUCUGAGGCGGAGCUGCCAGAGUGUGCCCGACUGGCAUACGGAACAGAGGGGCGCGAAGACGCCCGUCCGGACGAGAUAGCUGACAGAGAACUGGCAGAGGCACUUCAGAGGUCCAUACAGGAAAGCGACACUGCAGAUGGACAAACUACCUCACCGCAGCCCCCACCAUUUACAUUACCCAGAACCUUAGACCAAAUGUCCUCAUCCACCUCCUCUUCCCAAAGCCCUUCCUCUGGCCAGCCCCAAACCCUGGAUCGCUCUCAGUCUGCCCCGGGCGCCAUGGAGCAGGCCUCAGCACCAGGGCCAUGCCAUGACCAACCUGGCAUCCAGGAGCUUCCUCGGCCUUCGUCCUCAGCAGAGGAUGCUGGUUCUACGUCUCAUCAGGUCCACCCUCACCCUCUGCCUGUUCAUAGCAACUCCAAAGUGCCCCCUGCACCCAGUCCAUCAGCAGACGUCCUCCGUACAUGUACCCCUCCUGCGGACAUGACUACAGUACCCCAGUAUCUGGGGGAUGAGGUACAGCCUGGCAACACAGAGGGGGAUACUGAAUCAGAUGAGGUGAUGAACAGCCCCAUGCGCCCCCAUCCAGAGGAACUUUCCCCCAUUCAACCCAUGGAGCAGGAGGCGACUGAGUCCGACACCGCCGACGCCACAGAAGCCUGUCCGGGUGCUCCGAGCCAACCGGACUCGGUCGAGAUGGAGUCCCCAACCGCCUCCCAGGGCGUCGCAUCCUCUGAGAGGGACCAGCCCGAAGGAGAGCACUGCUCCGGCUCUGACAGUAUCCCGUCACUGGCGGCCGCUCUGAUGGAGCUUCACGAGCUCCUGGUGUCCAACAACCGCGCACAGUCCCAAAACCGGAGCACCUCCUGCUCCCCCUCGCAUCCAUUCAAACAGGAAACAGACGAAGAAGCGGCUCCCGAGCCGCGUCAGCCGUCGCCCGAAAACCCCCAGCAUAUCCCCUCUACUGCCAUCACAGCCGGUGCAGAACCAAGCGAUGCCAAAGCCAACCAUGCUGCUGCUGUGUCUGAUGAGGGACCAUCUAAGUGUCUUGCGCCUGACCUCUCUGGCCAGGAUGAGCAUCUGGGCGGGGAUACAGCAGAGACUGUGGAGGGACAAGGACCACCACAGUGUCCAGAUGGCUCCGGGGAGAGGAGGGCAGAUAGAUGUGGGCAAGAUGAAGCAAAUAACAUCAGCAGUUGUCAGCCUGAGCCAGAGGUUCCUCCUGAUCCCGCAGGGGACCUGGAGUUCAGGGAACCUCCCGAGGGGCAACAGGGGAGAGGGGUCGCAGACGGACGAGCCUCUGGCACCAACACCCCAGACACUCUCGGCCUCCAGACUGAGCACACUUUCCUCAGCCCUCUGUCUAUGGCAGUGGGCUCACCGGAGGAGGUCUCCAGCACCUCCUCCCCCUCUUCCCCUCCUCUCGCUCAGGCUCCCCAGCUGACAUCUCCAGCCCCUCUUCUCCCUUCUCCGCAUCCCUUUAUAGAACAAUUUCCAGCUGAGCACAUCCAGAGAAUCCAGGCAGCAGGGUUUUCUGCCGGGGAGGCUGCAGAGGCACUGGAACAAGCCCAUGGGGUCGUGGAGCUAGCCCUGCUGGCACUACUAGCCCGCAGUAUCACUGUGCCCACCUAAGACUCAUAACUACGUCAUACGAGUCCUCAGCCUCCCACUCAGCAUCUGUCUUAUUUAUACCUUGUUACUGAUCCAGAUGUCUCAGUCCCUUCUUAACAGGGAGCACGUAUAAACACAGGGAAACGCUGUCUCUUGGUUUUGUCGUACAGAAUAUCCAAGAACAAACAAGGACAACUGGUGAUAACUUUUCUGGAUAUUGCAGAUAUGUGAGGUGUGUUUGCAUGCAGAUGUUUUGGGUGGCCACCAUUGGUUUUUAGAGAUUUGGUAUGGUAGAUUGAUUUUUCUUCUUGUUUUGUCGUCCAACAUUGACACAUUAUUAAAUGCCCAAUGUAUGAUUGAUUUUUUUCGCCAUUAAACUUUAUUAUAAUUUCCCCCUUUUGAUACGUCACAAAAAAAUAAUAUUGUUUAAGUUGUGGAACAAAAUCUAAAAAACGGAGUAGCGUUACUCCUACUCGCCGUUCCCGAAUAACUGUCUGGUGAGCUUUAGAUUAUUCAGCACAAAUAUGGAUUAUAUGAAUUGAAGCAAUUUGCUGAUGAAUAAAGCAUCAUGUUGAUUUUUAUGUUUGGAGCUCCUUCAAUUCACAAAUCAGAGCCCAAUGAUGGAGAUGCUAGAUUGUGGGAAGCGCCGCAGUUUAGAAGUGUUGACCAUUUAUGAUCAAGUUUACAAAUCAUUUCUCCAGAUAAGUGGAAGCCCCCCUUUUAUCCACGGUCGUCAUCGCACUGAAAUAUCAAGUGAGCCACAAGUGCGUUUGUUGACGUAUGAUAGGAGAUGGCAUUUUUUCGAUUCAGUAUGUGUAUUACAGAAGGUAUCUUGUACUGUAUGUAUUAUUUUCCACAGUUUGGAAGCUUUGCCAUGUGUAGAUUACAAAACCGUUUGUAGCUCCUGUUCAGAAAGUCCUUUUUAUUUUGUGUCAAAUCAUCACUGUGUGUGUUCAGACCUUAAAAACAUCCAUUUUCAUUUUGUAAUUGUUAGAAUAUUGCCAUGUCAGUACGUCAUAUAUCAAGGAUUUUAAUGGCUUUAUUUGAGUCAUAUACCAACAAUGUUCAGGCAGAUUGAAUUAUCUACUUUUAUCUUGUAUGAAAUUUUAAAUUGCAAAUAAAAUGGAACUAGUAUUUGUA